GUUGAAGUUUCAAAAAUAAAUAUAUAAUUUAAUUACAAUUCAAAUUACAUUGCAAAUAAUUUAAAAAAUUGAAAAACUCUCUAAAGUGAUCAUUUAAGACUUUUUUGCAAUAUCUCUUCGCAUUCGACACAGCUCAAAGCUGUAUAAAAUGGUUAAAACGCUAUAAUUUCCUGAAAUUGGUUUAACCCAUCGCAACUUCAUACACUUCAAAACUAAUCAAAUUUUAAAUUCGUCAAAAUUUUGCCUUCAUUUGAAAAACUCAAAAUGUUGAACAUGGAGUCACCGCAAAUGUAUGAUACGGUCCAGUCCCUAUCACAUUUGGACCUCAAAAAGCAGCCACAACAGGCCAUCAUAGGCCAAAUCACUUUGACAGCCAUGUCAAGUGCACAAAAUAACAACAACAAUGCGAAUGGUACACAAAACAACAAUACCGAUGCGAACAACAACAACACGGGUGUGACUGGUCAGCAACAACAACAAAAUUCUGGUCUCGUUGUCAAACAGCACGCAGUGCAUCAGUUGCAACACGCAGCAGCUGCACUCAACAACAACAACAACACAUCUACGCUGAAUGCAAACAUGAAUAAUGUCAACAAUUUGCUGCAGAAGCAAAUGCUGCAGCAGUACUCGCACUCCGACAUCGACGAGCUGACGGCGCAGGAGAUCACACUCGAUCUGCAACAUCUUAUCGACGAUCAAUUCCGUGAGCAGGAAGCAUUAGGUAUUUUCAGUGAUAUGGUUGCCAGUCCAGGCGGUCUCACCGCUACACUGCCUCCAAAUGGCAUGGUCAGUGCUGCAGCGAAAGUGCUGCAACAUCAUCAGUUACAACAGCAAUCUUUGCGUACACAGCAACACAAUUACGGUCGUAGUCCCUUGGCCUACAUGCCACAGGCUGUACACUCUGGUGCCGCUUAUAAUAACCAUUCGAGUGAUGAAAACUCCUCCAUUGGUUCAGACUCCUCCACAAUCAAAGAAGAACCCAUUGAUCCUGAUUAUCGACGUCAUUUACAAGAAGCCAAUGUGAACAAUGCAGCCGCAGCUUUUAUCACAAACGGUGGUAGCAACGGGCUAUACAAUCCAUACCAGUCAACAAAUGGCAAUGGCAAUAAUACAGGCAAUGGCAACAACAACAACAAUAACAACAACAAUUUUACCACACUCACAUCGGCUAAUGUGCUCGCACAUCACUCAGUUAAUCUGCCACAUCUCGCAGCGGGUGCACACUUGCUCAAGCACCACAACAAGCAGCUACAGAAUCAACGAAAGUCCUCACUGAAGCAUGUGGAUAAAGGCACCGAAGAGUAUCGCAGACGUCGGGAACGCAAUAACAUAGCAGUACGCAAAUCCCGCGAGAAAGCAAAGGUCCGUUCACGUGAGGUGGAGGAACGCGUCAAGUCGCUGUUGAAGGAGAAGGAAGCACUGCUGCGCCAAUUGCAGGAGAUGACUAACGAAUUGCAAUUACACAAGCAAAUCUACAUGCAACUGAUGAAUCAUACGAAUCCCGAAGUCAGUCGUGUGUGUCGAAGCUUCCUCAACACAGGUGAUCACGGUCUGUAGGUGGCCAAUAAGAAAUACGAAUAAGGAGGCGGAGGCUGUUCAGUUGUGAUGCUAUGUUGCUUGUGUUGUGCGUGUCGACUUGUUGUUGUAGCGUGUAUGUUUGACUGUGUGUGCUAAGCUGAAUUUUAUUUUCCAAAAACAACACAAAGAUUAAUAUAUGUAUAUUAUUAACAUUAUUUUUGUGGGGGUAGAACGUA